AUGCUUUAUUCAGAACUAUUCCACCGCUUGAUGGCCAAUUCUGGAUCCGCCUUCUGUGAUUUUGCAAUUCGUCCGAAGGAAAUGCAGGCAAAAGUGUUCAGAGAGUUCGCUAAAUUCCAGGGGUACACUGGAAACGAUUCGACAAGUCUCUUGCGCUGGUACCAAGAUCAGAAUCCCAAAAUAUUCACCGAAACUUCAAAGUUUAAAAGACCAGCUUCCGGUUUUUUAUCGUUUAUUCCUAAUUUCGAUGGUGAUUUCUUCCCGAAACCAUUUGAUGAACUGAGGAAAAUGGCUCCAAAAAUGGAUGUAUUGGUUACUGUAACCGAGUAUGAAGGAUUGAUAAUGGCGGCUUUCCAACCAAAAAAUAAAACUUUCGAUGAAGUGGUUUCUGAGAUUUUUGCAGCGGACCGAGUAAAAGAUCCCGAAGCAACAAAGAAGACAAUUGUAGAUUUUUACAUGAAAAAUGUGGAUGAUAACGAUACAAACGCUCUCACCAAGAAAAUGAUAGAAUUCAUUGGAGAUGCCGAGUUCAACAUUGGGACACUCUAUUCUGUCAGAUCAAGUAUAAAAUAUGGAAAUAAUGUCUAUCUAGGUUCAUUUGAUUACUUCAACAAAUACUCCGAAAAUCCUGUUACCAUGCUUUUCCCAUUCAAAGCUGCAUACCACGGAUCAGAUUUGAGAUAUAUUUUGGGAGAAAGUAUGGAAAAGUACAAAACAACUGAAGAAGAAUUGAGCGUGAUGGAUAUGAUGGGAACUUUUGUGGCUAACUUUGCUAAAUAUGGUAAUCCAAAUGGAAAGAAUGGGCCGGAGAUUUGGGAAAAGUACAGUGAAGAUCAUCCAGAGAGAUAUUUCAAAAUUGAUUAUCCAAAAGGUGAAAUGAAGGAAAACUUUCAAAAUGGAAGACUGAAUAUCUACGACGAGAUUAAUAAAAAUGCUAUAAAAUAUCAAGAAAUUGUCUAUGGACGGAAGAUUUAA